CAUAAAAAAAUAAAUACMAAUAACCAAGAAAAAAUUACAAUUUACAACUUCACAACUCAAAACCUAAACAAUAAACAUGACAAAGACACUUCCAAUCAUUAUUGUCGGGGCAGGCCCCUGCGGUUUGGUCACUGCAUUGACCCUAAAGAAAUACAACGUUCCCUUCGUGAUGAUCGAGAAGGCAUCCCGGUCAAAGAUUUGUUCCAAUGCCGGAAGCGGAUUCGAACUGGCACCAACGGCCGUAGAUAUCCUACAAAACCGACUUGGGAUCGAUGUGACUAAGAUCAUGUCCUACUACCAGGGUAUGGCGAUCGUGRACAACAAUGGGAAACUAAUCCGGCACUCGAGGAUCCCGGACGGUUACACAGGAGGAUCCGCCAACCGGGCAGAUAUGCAAAUUCAUCUCUUGGAUCAACUCUUCCCGUCUCCCAAGGACGAAGAAGGGGUUCUCUUCUGUGGAUCCGGCCUCGAAACAUACCGAGAAUUGCACAAUGAUGACCCAGAUGGCGGAAGGGUGGUGGCRACAUUGUCAUCGGGUGAAGAGAUUUCUGGUUGUGUCCUCCUGGCCUGYGACGGGAUACGUUCGCGGGUCCGGGCCGUCAUGCACGGAGGUUACGACAGUACCAAAGAUUGGAAGACAAACACCGAGACAGCAAACAYCAAAGAUCCCCUCCAYUUUUGCAACACGAUAGUUUACUGGGGAAAGACAAAGGUUCCGAGGGGUUCUGCCCUGGAGCUCGAGUUCACCAAGACACAGAUGGCUAAGAAAGYCAAAGACAACGAAAAAACAAAAUACUGUACGUCGUUUGCCUUUACAAUAACAACGCCCAGCGCACCAGCCAGUUUCUUCAUUAUUCCUUCUCAGAACGGGACAGAACUGAACUGGGCUGUCAGCGUACAAUCUGAAACUGAUAAGAGGAGCAAGAACAAUGAUGGGACGGACCUCACACGUCGGGGUGGUGGCCCACUAACGGAAGCGGAAAAGAAGCGAUUGUUCGACUUUACAAGCGAUAAGAACAGCGAAAGUGUUGUUCGGGGCAUCACAAACUUCCCGCUCAUACAAGAACUCUUCAAGAUGACUCCCGCCAGUGACAUCACCGAGGCCGGUCUUUUUGAUCGAGAAAAUCUKGAUCUCCCCUACGCAAGUGAAUCGAAACGAGUCGCAUUGCUGGGUGGUAAGUGAGCUCGAGAACGCAUUGAUUUGAAAGAAGAUUGAUUGAAUGCUAACGAAAUUUAUUUUUCUGGAUUCGUGAUGAAAUUGUCCUAAACUAUAACAGAUUCUGCCCAUCCUCAAACGCCUUUCUUAGGCCAAGGGGUUAACAUGGCCAUCGUCGACGCCUAUGUAUAUGCCACCAAUCUUGCAGUUGCCCUAAAGACCAAGAAGAAAAGCCUCGAACAGUCGAUAUCCGAUUGUACGACGGGCAAUCGCCACGGAGAGGCCAAGAAACUUGUUGAAGAUGCCCGGAUUGGGUGCACAAUGAUGACGUCCCAGAACAUCUUUCUAUACUGGUUCAUGUUUCUCUUCAUCCGSUUGGCCUCCACCAGUUCYUUUAUGAAUCAGAUCAUCUCGCAAGACAAGAGCAACAGCGACUUUUUGAAGCUCCUUGAUGAGGAACACUGCAGUCCCAAAGAACAAGAAAGCAUGUCUCAAAUGAGUGCGUAAUCAAAUACACCGUAGUAUUGUAUUGAAUAAUUGGAAAUAAUAAGWGUGGAAUUAU